CGGGCUACCUGCGAGACAUGACCAAUCGAUCGAUGAUGCCAGCCUUUUAAUACUACUACACCCGUAGCGGAGGAGGUCACUCGUCUUGAAGAAGAAGCAAUGGCCACUUCCGUGAAGUUGAGUACUGGUGCACAAAUGCCCAUUGUUGGGUUGGGGACCUGGAAAUCUCCUCCUGGAAAAGUGUCAGAGGCAGUGAAAGCAGCCAUCUCUGCGGGAUACAGACACAUCGAUGGGGCAUAUGUUUACCAGAACGAGGUUGAGGUCGGCGAAGGGAUAGCGGCAGCAAUCAAGGAUGGAGUGGUCAAGCGGGAGGAUCUUUUCAUUGUUAGCAAGCUUUGGUGCACUUUCCAUGACAAGUCCAUGGUGAGACAAGGUUGUGAGAAAACACUGAGUGACCUAAAACUGGACUAUCUGGACUUGUAUCUGAUGCACUGGCCGAUGGGAUUAAAGGCUGGUAGCGACCUUUUUCCGACGGACAGCGCCGGUGACUCGAUUUCUGAUAAUUCAGACUUCCUGGAUACAUGGGAGGGAAUGGAGGAGCUGGUGGAUUUCGGGUUGGUCAAAGCGAUCGGGAUCUCCAAUUUCAACCAGGAUCAGAUCGAACGGAUCCUGAACAAACCGGGCCUUAAAUACAAGCCUGCUACCAACCAGGUGGAAUGCCACCCCUUCCUGACCCAAGAUAAGCUGAUCAGCUACUGUCACUCCAAGGGCAUCUCUGUGACUGCCUACAGCCCCCUCGGCUCCCCUGAUAGACCCUGGGCUAAGCCAGAUGACCCAUCCCUUUUGGAACAUCCCGACAUCAAGGCGAUUGCUGAUAAGUACAAGAAGACACCUGCUCAGGUCCUGAUCCGCUUCCACAUCGAGCGGAAUGUGAUUGUGAUUCCCAAGUCGAUCACACCUCACCGUAUCCAGGAGAAUUUUCAGGUGUUUGACUUCAAACUAAAUGAAGAUGACAUGAAGACCAUCUUAGGAUUCAAUCGCAACUGGAGAGUCUGCCCCUUUCUCAUCAACAAGAAGCACAAGGACUACCCUUUCCAAGGUGAAUUCUGACCCGGUUGCUGGGAUGUCCUAUUCAAGGCGAGCCGCUUUAUUGUAGCACAAACACAUUACUGUUACACGUGGCCUUAAAAAAGCUGCCUUCCAUGACCUAUUUUCAACCCCAAAGAUUCACAGAAACAAUUAAUUCUAGUUUGAGUCUUUUUUGUGUUAAAAAUAAAUAAAUAGAAGCACUCCUAUUUUUGUAAUCAGUUUUUGAUGAUCGGUUUUAUCUCGGACAUAAGAAAGGACUAAAUAAAUGCUAGCACUUGCCAUUGGUAUGAAAUCACUUUUUUUUGCCUCUCUCAUGUGCCAAAGUGGCCCAAUCUGUGAUUUUAAUAACCAAGACCAAUCAACUAAAUGUAAAUAGAAAAGCAAAAUUCGGAAAAAUUGCUCUUAAUUGUGAGCAUGCUACAAUAAAAUCAGUAUAAGAAAGAUGCAAAAUGUGUGUAAUCAUUUUUGGGGAAAAAUGUGUUUAUUGAAGGAUGCAUCACAACACCAGGAAUUGAUAUAUUCAUUUCACAUAUAGACGUAGUAUAUUUAAUACUGACCCACAUUGUGCAGCAAAACGGCUAUGAUACAAUUAAAUAAACUUUAUGAAUCUAUAAAAGUGGAUGACCCAGUGGCGUGCGUUAGUAUUCAGCAUUCAGUGGAUAGUCUUUGUGUUUUGAGGCCCUGUUGAGAAAAUGAAAAUAAGGCAAGUUAAGAUAUCAUUGCUGACUGAGGUUCCUCUGUAUCUGAUUUGUGGCCAUUUUGACCUGAUAUCUGCUCACCAUAACAUUGGGAAACCUCUCCAAUUCUUGUUUAAACUCAGGAGGCUCUUCAUGUCCUCCUCAUUCAGCUCAAAGUCAAACACCUAAAUAAGAGAAGAUGAAGUUUAAAAAGCAGAAAAUGUGACUCCUUCCUUUUUAAUGUAGUUCAAAUCUGUCCUAAAUGUCCUUACAUCAUCUCCAUGAGUCAUUGAUCGCACUGAUGGGAGUGUAAUCAAUGUUCUGCACCCCGAGCCACAAAUUCAUUUCAGCACCACAAAUGUCCUUCGGGGCUGCAUGUUCUCAUAGUCCUUGUACUGUGACCAAACUAUUUACACACUGCGUUGUUUAGUAGGUGACGGCGUAGUAAUUGAAUUAAUGUGAAAAGUGUUGAUUUUAGAAUACAAAACAUUUAGAAUGCAUAGCAACAAACAAGUAAGUUUGAAGAGUGUUAGAUAUUGAAGAUUUUAUUUAUAUCGAUGUUCCAAUCCAUUUGACUUUUACGCCAUUCUGACAGACAGGCGCCAUCUGAUACCACAUCAGAAAGUGGAAAAUGAAUUGCCAGGUCGAUGAUGUCCCUAACAUUCUGCAUACAGUUCAUAAAGAGCAACAGAAGGUGGGGGAAAAAAAGGAGCAGUCAGUGAAGGUGGUCACCAUGUUGCCCUUACGUUGCGUCACCGUCCUGCAGUGCUGCUUGGCCGCCGAGCCCUGGAACCUGUUCUCAGUCCUGUGCGCAUUAAAGGAGAACAUUUUCUCCAAGUCUUCAAACAUGUCGUCAAACAGUCCGCCUCUGAAAGGCCUCCUCUGCUGCUGUUCGUUCCCAGGAGCAUCUCGGAAGAACCUCUUCUGGUGUGCUUGAUGGUGGUGGGAGUGGACGUGUUGAUGUUGCUGCUGCUGACCAAAAAGGUCAAAGUCUUUGAAGAUGUCGUCAAAGUUGAAUGACUGGUAGUGUUGUCGGAAGUUGUAGCUGCCCCCGCCACUGCCGUGUCCUGUCUGGCCGUGGCCAAACUGGUCGUACUCUUGCCGCCUCUUGUCAUCCGAUAACGUCUCGUAUGCUGUCAAGGAAAGACGUCAGAGUAUAAUUACAUGCACACACUGGUGGUGGUAUUCUAUAUCUGUAGACACAACUGGGGUAGAACCGCGUUGACACACAACAGGGAGUAACAACCAGGAAUGACCAAAAACUCACCCUCGGCUAUUUCUCUGAACCUGGCCUCCGCGUCCGGGCCCUUGUUCCGGUCAGGGUGGUACUUUAAAGCGAGCUUAUGGAAAGCCUUCUUGAUUUGGCGCUCCGAUGCGUCCUUGGGCACCCCCAGGAUGUCAUAGUAGUCUCUUUUCGCCAGGAUGAACUCCGAGAUGAGAAGAAUGUGAAGAGCAAGUAGUAACACACACUGUACUGUGGCCAUGGCUGCCUUGUUGGGGGGGCUUCUUUUAUUGGUGGCUGUUGGACGUUGAAAGAUUUGUUAGUGAUACGUCACAUUCAACCAAUCCAGGGUGUACCCCGACUCUCAUUCCCCCGCGACAAUUAUGAGGAUUAGCGACAUAGAAAAUCCAAUAAAUCUCUGCUAAAAGAUUACAAAAACAAGUAUAGCUAACUUAAUGACGUGUACAAGCGCAAGACAAGUUAAGCUGAAAAGUGAGAACAUUUAUCCACGCUACAGUCUACACUGCUUCCUAACAGUAUUUGUUUGCAAUAACCUGUGAUAUAAAUGAUGGAAAGUUAACCAUUACAUUACCUCGCAAAAGGAGCGAUGGUGGUGCGGCUGACAGGUCCAGCUGAUGCGAAACCACAAGCUAACCUUUUGUUGACGAAAUGCAUUCCUGAGCGGAGAACCACGACUCGCAAUGCCAUUGGUCGGCAGUGACUCACUGCCCUGUGAUUGGUUGAAACAGACCACGUUGGCGCUGAGGAACCUAGACAAAUGCUUCGCUGGCUUUCAGGUUCGCCUCUCACUCGAUGUAAACCUUUAUUCUACAAGUACAUGCGUAGAUUUUCCUUUUAACUUGGUAAUAUGAUUUUUGUCAAGAUUCUAACUAAUAUGUUUAUAACCCUCACAGUAUGUACGUAUGACGUGUACGUUUUGCUCUGGUGUCGUUUGUAAACGUAACAAGUGACGUCACAUCCGUCUUACUUCCAACCCGGAAGUUAGGACAUUCGUCACCCAGUCGUCAGUACUGUCAACGUUUUUAUGGCGUAUCACUCCUGUUAUGCCGAGUUACUGCACCGUUAAGGUGUGCAGGAACCGCAGGGCAGCUACAUCCAGACAAGACAACAAGAAAUUCAGCUUCGACCGUAAGCACACAGUCGUCGUGUUUAUUAUGUAGCAUAAACGGACGCUCAAAGACGAACUUCCUGUUUUCAUUGGAUGUAAAACGGAUGUGUGCGUGAUUAAUAAAAUGCUUACAUUUA